AUGGAUACUCAUAAUUACUAAAGCAGCUCAAUAAAUCCAUUAUCUCCAUCCCCUAGUUAUAUAGAGUCUACGUCCGUGUUUCAAUUCUCAUUCAGUCUUCGAUUAAUUCUCUAGCAGUCCAGCCUUCUAACUUUCGUUAUUCGUUUUGCCUUGAUUGAAUGGAGAUGUCAACGAUAAUGCUCUACUGCUUCCUUCUUUGCGCUGCUCUCAUUGUUGACCCAUCAAAGGCUGACAAAAAUGUUAGCAAGACAUUGAUACCGAGCGCCGUUGCUGAAGGAGCCGUGUGUUUGGACGGAAGCCCGCCCGCGUACCAUUAUGAUGCAGGCAAAGGUUCCGGUGCACGAAACUGGCUGGUCCAUUUGGGAGGAGGAGGGUGGUGUUUAAACACCACCAUAUACGAAAAUAUGAAAAAUGCCUUUGCUGAAAGCUGCAGUACUCGUGCCACGUCCAAAAUGGGAUCUUCUUUCCUCAUGACUGAUUUCCCAUUUGAAGGGAUAUUUUCUGAUGAAAAAAAUAAAUCUUAUUUUUACAAUUGGAAUCGUGUCGUCGUGGAAUACUGUGACGGCGGUUCAUUCUCAGGAGAUGUGGAUCAACCCGAUCCGGUAACAAAGCUUUUCUAUAGAGGCGCCCGGAUUUACAGAGUUGUGAUGAAUGAGUUAAUGGCUAAAGGCAUGAAAGAUGCCGAAAAUGUGAUCCUUGCCGGAGGUUCCGCCGGUGGAAUAGGUGCCAUGAUCCAUUGCGAUCAUUUUAGAAGCCUAUUUCACCCGACAGUGAACGUCAAGUGUUAUAUUGAUAGCUCUUUGUUCUUAAAACUGAAGGAUCCCAAGCGUGCCAUGUUUUUCAAGACUAUAUUUGGCACGGUUGUUGAACUACAGCAAAGCGCCAAGGCAUUGCCGGCAGAAUGCAUAUCGGAACGAAGCCCAUCAGCGGUACAUAUUAUUUAAAAGAAAUUGAUCUAAUUAGGACUAAAACAUAGUCAAUACUCCAAAUUAGGACUUAAUGUUUUAAAUUUCCUAAAUAGGACUCCCUGUUACCAUUUUACCCUUAGGAAUUCUGCGUCUUUGUCUUCCGCAUCGAACCCCAAGUACGUCAUGUGUCUCCUAAUCCAAUUUCCCCAGGCCAGCCAGUUCUCUCCCUUACCUGGGAAUCGAACUCACAACUAAUCUACAAAUUAAACCUUCACAAAGUGUAGUAAUUAUACUUUACCAUCACGAACACUUGUCCAGAUCUCUCUCAUGCCAUGUCCGUAGGUUAUCUGCGCUUUGAUGUUCCUCUAGCUGCUCGCUCAAAAUAUCCAGAAGGUGACAAUCUCAGAGAAGAGAGGAAACGAAUUAGCCGGAGAGUUGGGCUCAUGGAUGGGUGGUGGGCUGGUGGCGGUGGUUUGCUUGAAGGGUGUCAGCCUCAGGAAAGAGCAAUAAAAAGGAAUGAAUGCAGUGCUUGUUGGUAAAGGAUGUAUAUCUGAUAGGCCACUGCAGGAUGUCUUCGGCACGGCUAUGCGGAUUGCUGAUGGCCUGCGAUGCGGAUGACAAAAUCAUUAAGGGUAGUUUUGUCAGAUUAGAUCUAAUUAGUCCUAUUUUUGAUCAAUAAAACAUAGUGGUCCUAUUUUUACAAUUCUACUUUGUUUUAGUCCUAUUUAGGAAAAUCUCUCAUUAUUUAAAGACGUUGUGCUGUAUAUGAGUACAAAAUGUUUGAGAAUAUCAAAAUAUACUAUGGAAUUAUUUUAUAAAUAGGAUUAAUUAUUGGUAAGAAUGAAAAGAACAAACAAUAACCAAUAUACUGUCACUCAUGGUAGUAUACUAGCUCCUAUUUUUGAACCCCGAUAAGGCCAAAAUAUGGCAAUAAAUUUUCUUGAUGAUAGUAAUAAGUAAUAACCCGUGUUUAAGGAAAAACAUUUAUUAACCUUAUAGGAAGAGAAUUAAUCAGAUAUGCAAUAGAACUACUAGAACUAUACUCUUUUUAUUCUCAAAAAAUAUGUAGUACUAAUAUAUGUCCAGCCGUCCCGGCCAUCUUCAUAUUCUAUACCUUCCACAUUCCCAAUAUAUCCAUUGAAACCUAUUUUAUUAAUUAAAAAAUGAUAGUUUAUUUAUAAUAAAAAUAUAAAACUAAGAAAAAUAUUUAUUUAAAUUAAUAAUAAAAAUGUUAAAAUAUAAAAUAAAAUAAAAACAAAAAUAAAAUAAAAAAUAAAGAUAAAUAAAUAACUUGAAAAUAUUGUAAAAAUUUUAAAAAAUAUGUAGGCCUUUUCCACUACAUCUUUUUGCAUCUCCCACCACCGUCACUUCAAAAUCUCCGAUUGCUGAAAAAAAUGGAGCCACCUUUUGUAAAAAUACACAUUUAUCAAACUUUUCUUUCAAAAAUGCUACCUUAAUGACAUUUCACUGGUGGAUAAAUCAUGAUACGCGGCGCUUUUUUGGGGGGUCGUGGAUCAGUGGUGGUGGUGAUGCUAGAAGGUGGUUGAGGUGGUGAUUGUGCUGGAAGGUGGCCGAGGUGGUUGAGGUCGUGGUGUUGGUGCUUUUUGUUUUUUAUUUAUUCUUUUACGGUUAUUAUUAUUAGUUAAAAAACCCUAUUAAACAUGAUAUUGGAAAGGGUAAAAUAGGAAGAGUUACUUCUAUUUUGAGAAUUUCAACUUUAUGCUGCUAUACUUGCAAUUUGCUUCCAUUUACUCUUUAGGAAACUGCCCCAUAAAAAAUACAAUGUUCUUAUAUCUUCGAAUUUUCAAACGCUUUUGUUCUUAUUUCCGGAUCUUUUCCUAUUGUUUAUUUAUAGAUUGUGUUCAAUCAAAUCCUUUUAGUUAUAUAAUUAAGUAUACUUGUAUGUCAAUAAUGCAAUAAUACUGAUGCGGUGUGUGCAGUGCUUCUUUCCUAAAACAUUGGUGAAGUACAUAAAAACUCCCAUAUACCUUUUGAAUUCGGCAUUUGAUUCAUAUCAGAUACGAAACAUGUUUUCUGAGGGCUUACACGAUCAAAUAAUGAAUCAUACGGUUACUCCAAGUGAUAUGGAAUUGUUAAAAGAUUUCCGGCAACAAAUAAUAAAGGCAUUGCCUACCCCGUCAGCCACUAAUGGGUACUUGGUAACCUCACAGUUUGGCCAUUCCUUCGGCCGGAUUGGUUUGAAGGUACCCAUGUUUCCCGAAAACAAAACGUCAAAGACAAUGGAGAAGGCGAUGGUCGAGUGGUUCUUUGGUGAAAGAAGGAUCCACAUUAUUGAUCCAAACGAUGAGCCAUUCUGGAAUGCUACAUUAUCUCAUUGAAUGAGUCUCUGUUAAUUAUAGAUUGUUUCAAUUCUCAACUCUAAAUUAAGACUACGUACUUGAAUGUUACAUUAAUUACCUCUCAGUAUCUACUUUUCUUAGUUAUGUCUUUUUAAAAUUCCCAUCUCUAAAUUGUGACUAAUUGAAUGUUACGUACGAUCCGGGCCGGUCCUGAGAUGUUGAAGGUCCU